AUGCGGCGCGGCGGCGGCGGCGGCGGCCGCCAUCCGAAGUCCUCCGUGGCGCCCUCCUCGGCGGCUGAUCGCACCCCAAUGACGGACCAGCCCCUCUACCCGCGCAACCUCGACGACGCCUUCUCCCGCCGCGACUCCGACGCCUUCAGCCUGUGCAGCAGCCGCCCCUCCUCCAUCGCCACGGGCCCCUCCCUCGCCGCCCCCAUCGCCAACCUCUCCGACCGCAGCUCCCAGGCCGCCGCCCUCCGCGUCGUCAACUCCUACCUCGCCCCCUCCAUCAACCUCCGCGCGCCCCUCCCCGCCGCUCGCGACAUCCUCGCCGCCUUCCGCCACCUCCUCGAGCACCUCGGCUACCCCGUCAAGACCUCCCUGGAGGAAGACCUCCUCAGCCUCCUCCGCUCCCUCGGCUGCCCCUACAAGCUCACCCGCUCCGCCCUGAAGGCCCCCGGGACCCCGCACUCCUGGCCGCCCCUCCUCUCCGUCCUCUACUGGCUCACCCUUCUCUCCCGCGUCGUCGACAACCUCCACGCAUCCUCUUCCCCCACCGUGCCCACCUCGAAUGACCUGAUGCUCUACCUCACCGACAGCUACUACCUGUUCCUCACUGGUGAGGAUGAUGCUGUCGCCUCCCUCGACGAGGAAUACCACUCCAAGGCCCGUGCCCAAGCCGAUGCCUGCGAAAUGGCCGUUCAGGCGCUGGAGAAGGAGGUCCAGGAUCUGGUAGCCAAGCGGAGUAAGCAAACCUCGGAGCCCUCUCGCCUGAGGGCACUGGAGGAGAAGAAGGAGGCAUUCACCGCGGACGUUCAGAAGUUUGAGGCUGUGGUGAAGAGCUGGUCCACCAAGAUCAAGGAGAAGGAAGACGCGCUGCUGGACAAAGAGAAGGAGCUCGAGUCCAAGGUAAUGAAUGGCCAGCAAAUGAUGGCUGAGAAUGAGGAGCUAGUGAAAAAGGUGGAGAUGCAGGUGGUGAAUGUGAGGGAUGUCGAUAGGAUGACUAGGGAGAUGCAAGCGGUGGAGAAUGAUAUUGCCAAGGUGGAGAGUGCCAAUGCGGUGCUGGAGGAGAAGGGAUGGGAACUCGAAGCUUUACUGCUCACUAAGCUCGAGGAGAUUGAGGGGCUUGCUGAGCUGUGCAACCAGGCCCUCAGAAAGUUGAAACCCAGUAUUGAUUUCCAGUACAUGAUAAAUUCAAAAGGAUCCUCCCCAGCUGAGAUCCUUGGUACUACCUACAAAACUGCCCUAAAACCUGCGCUCAUUGCUCUUGCUAAUGAGACUAAACGGAUAUUUGUCUCAAAGCAUGAUGAGUCAAUUGAUCUGCAAAAGCAGUUGCAAGGAAUUGCUAAAAUGCUGGAGGAGAAAAAGAGUCAGAUUUCUGUUCUACAGGCUAAAAAUAACGAGAUGGUCACUCAGGUGGAUUCACUGGAUCUUGAAAUUCGAAACCAUGUUUCAAGUUGUACAGUUGAUGCUAGACAAAUGAAAGAUGAAUCGGAGAAGAAGGAACAUGAAAUGAGUACUGUUGAAAAGGAUGCAGACGACUUUUUAAAGACUUCUGAACAGAGUCUCCGAGAUACAUUACGGGAAACUGAUGAAGAGACUCAGGCGUGUGCAAGGGAACUGCUGCAGCUCAUCGAUAACAUUUCGGACUAUAAAGAGUUCGUAGAAACAUCAACUGCAGGGAUAAAGAAAGACCUCUAUGAAUGCGUGGACGACAUAGCUUCUCUGUCGGCCAAGAUGGUAUCUACCCCUGAGGUUUCACACAAGAAGUGAUGCUCUGAGCGACUGAAUCUUUGAAUGCCCACAUUAUGUGUAGAUUGGAACUGUUGUAGGCCUGCUAGAUGAAUUUAGUUUGUCUGUGAGAUGGCUUGUCUCUGUUGUCCGUAAUUUAUGGGUUUGUCGUGUUUUAUAGGUGCCCUUUUGUUGCCCUAGCGGAAUCUCCUGCUAUACUCAACCUUCAAACCUGGAAGUACGUCAGUAUGUUAAGAGUAAAAGAAAAAAUGCUGUUGUGUAUCG